AUGUCUAACCAGUUUGAUAACGGUUUUCAGGGUUCUCAACCCUUUAUAACAGAUAAUGAAUAUAAGAGUUUAUCUCUUGAUCAAUUAAGAUAUAUAUUAAAUCAAAAGAAAAAAACAAUACAAAAAAGCUAUAAGGAAUUAAGUGAAAAAGAAAAAAUAAUUAGAGAUAUAAGAAGACUUGAUAAGCGUAAUGAAAAAGUAAAAAAAGGAGUAGAUAUAAAGAAAAAAUAUAAGAAAAAGAAAGCCUCCAUCAAAACGGUGGCUCCCUCUAAAAAGAAAAAGAUAAAAACAUUUGAUGAGUAUUUUGAGGAAUGUAUAAAAAAUAAAGAGAUUCUCAAAGAUACUCCUUCUUAUUUUAGAGAAGCUCUUGAACGCGCUAUUAAAGAAUAUGACCAAGGUCUUGUAAGAGAAAAAUCAUCUCUUAAAGAUUUUGCAAAUAAGUACACGAUUGAAGGAGUUUUUGGUUACGACCCAAUUCAGUUUUUUGAUUAUAUAAAUAACACAUUAGUUGAUUUUUUUACCUAUCAUAGAAAUAUAAAAUUUACGUUAAAUUUAGUUUGCAUGAUGGAAAAACAAGAAACAAAUCAAAAGACUGGUCUUUUUAAUAUAGAAGAAGAUAAGGCCUAUUUUAAUACAUAUACAUUUACUAAUUUAAAAUCAACUGAUGUUGAUGAAUUAAUUUAUAGAUGUACUGAAUCUAUUUUAGGUCAAAUGGAAAUGUAUGCAGAAAGAUCAAGUAAUUGGGUUUUUAAAGAAGUAGUAAAACUAGAAAUUCAUACUGUUGAAUUUAACCCAGCAAAGGGCUCAUCUUAUAUUGUACUUCCAGAUUGGAUAAAGAAUAAAAAAGCAAUUGUUAAUAUUAAAAAUAAAGAUGACAAAUGCUUUCUUUGGUGUAUACUUAGAUAUAUUUACCCUAAAGAAUCACAUGAAGAAAGAGUAGAAGAUUUAAAGAAGUAUGAGUUUUCACUUAACACUAAAGGUAUUACUUUUCCAAUGAAUGUAAAAGAUAUUACCAAAUUUGAAAAACUUAAUCCAGAAUUACCAGGAAUAAAUGUUUUUUCUGUAGAUGAUAAAAAUGAUAUUUAUCCUUUGAAAGAUUCAAAAAAAGAUUGUAAAAAUACUAUUGAUUUAUUUUUAAUUGAAGAAGAUGGAGCCUCACAUUAUACUCUAAUUAAAAAUUUUCAUAGGUUAAUAAGGUCUCAAAAAACUAAAAGUAAGGAUGGUAAAAUAUUUAUUUGUAAGAGAUGUUUUACUCAUUACACCAAAGAAGAAUUACUAGAUAAACAUAUUAAAUAUUGUUCUAAUAAUCAAACAACACUUGUAAAUAUGCCCAAACCAAAUACAUAUUUAUAUUUCAAAAAUUAUUAUAAACAACUACCUAUUCCUUUUGUAGUUUAUGCAGAUUUUGAAUGUUUUACAAAACCAAUGAAUAGUUGUAGUCCUAAUCCAAAAGAAUCUGAUAAUUACAACUAUCAAAAACACGAGCCAUCAGGAUUUUGUUUUUAUGUUAAAGGUAUAGUUGAUAAAAAAAAUUAAACCAAUAAUUUAUACAAAAACAAGUGAGGAUGAAGAUAUAUCAAAAGUAGUUGUAGAAAAACUUACAGAAGUAACAAAAGGAAUUUAUAACGAUUUUUAUCGUAGACCGAAACCUCUAAGACUAACACAAUCUGAACAAAAAUCAUUUGAGAAUGCAGUUAACUGUCACAUUUGUAGUCGUGAAUUAAGAGAGGAUAAAGUUCGAGAUCAUUGCCAUUUUACAGGACAAUACCGUGGAGCAGCACAUAACAAAUGUAAUCUUCAAUGUCGAAAACCAAAACUACUUCCAGUUAUAUUUCACAAUCUUCAAGGUUAUGAUGCUCAUCUGUUUAUAAAACAACUUGCUAGAUUAGAUGGUGAUUUAAAUUGUAUUCCAUCAACAGAAGAAAAAUAUAUUUCAUUUUCUAAAAGUAUUAAAGUUGAUGAGAUUUAUUCUUAUAAAGUUGGUAAAAUGAUAGACAUAAAUUUUGAAAUACGGAUUUUUAGAUUCAUUUAAGUUUCUUCAAACAUCACUUUCUAAUCUUGUUUCAAAUUUAUCCCAGAAUGAUUUUAUUAAUACAAAACAAAUAUUUAAAAAAAAUACAGAACUAUUAACUCGUAAGGGAGUUUAUCCAUAUGAUUAUGUUUCAUCACUUGAUAAAUUAUCAGAAACAUGUUUACCUCCAAAAGAGGAAUUCUAUUCAAAACUAAACGAUGAAGACAUAACUGAUGAUGAUUACCAACACGCAAUAAAUGUGUGGAAUACUUUUGGCUGCAAAUCAAUAAGAGAUUAUCACAAUCUUUAUUUAAAGUCUGAUGUCCUACUGCUAGCAGAUGUAUUUGAAAACUUUAGAGCAACUUGUCUUAAACACUACAAAUUAGAUCCAGUUCAUUAUUACACAUCUCCUGGAUUAGCUUGGGAUGCAUGUCUAGAAACAACAGGACAACAUUUACAGUUAUUACAUGACUAUGAUAUGUUAAUGAUGUUUGAGAGAGGUAUACGUGGUGGAAUAACACAUAUAUCAAAAAGAUAUGCAGUAGCAAAUAAUAAAUAUAUGAAAGGUUAUAAUCCUGAUGAGGAGUCAAGUUAUAUUCAAUAUCUGGAUGCAAACAAUCUUUACGGUUGGGCAAUGUCUCAAAAUCUAGCAACACAUGGAUUUAAAUGGAUGAAGACGAUAACAAAAGAAAAGGUAGAGGAUAUUCUAGAAAAAGCAAAUCAUUGUAUGUUAAAUAUGGGGAGGAAAGGAUAUAUAUUUGAAGUUGAUUUGGAAUAUCCACCACACCUAUGGGAUUCACAUAAUGAUUAUCCUUUAGCACCUGAGAAGAUGAUUGUUAAUGGUGUUGAAAAACUAAUUUGUCAUUUUAAACCACGAAAAAAUUAUGUUGCGCAUUAUCGAACUCUUAGGCAAUGUCUUGAGUUGGGUAUGAGAAUUACUGCUGUUCACAGAGGAAUAUCAUUUUAUCAAAGAUCUUGGAUGGAACCAUAUAUCCGAAAAAAUACAGAACUUAGAAAGAUAGCAGCCAACAGUUUUGAGAAAGACUUUUUUAAACUAAUGAAUAAUAGUGUAUUUGGUAAAACAAUAGAAAAUAUAAGGAAGCGACAGAAUAUAGAACUUGUUGAUAAUCGUAAGAAAGCUGUAAAAUUAACAAGUCGUCCAAACUUUGAUAGAUGUACAAUAUUUGAUAAAAAUCUUAUUGCAGUUCAUAUGAAAAAAACAGAAAUUUAUUUUAAUAAACCAGUAUAUGUUGGUCAAGCAAUUCUAGAUUUAUCAAAAACGCUGAUGUUUAAUUUCCAUUACAAAUACAUACCAGAGAAAUAUGGAAAUAGGGCUGAGUUAUUGAUGACAGAUACAGAUUCAUUAAUGUAUCAAAUUAAAACAAAAGAUUUUUACAAAGAUAUAAAACCCGAUAUGCUAACCAAGUUUGACACUUCUGACUAUCCAACAAAUCAUAAAUCUGGAAUACCACCAGGAGUUAAUAAAAAAGUGAUUGGAAUGUUUAAAGAUGAAGUAGCAGGAAAACAAAUUACUCGUUUUGUUAGAUUGCGACCCAAACUUUAUAGUUUUGAUAUUGAGGAGGAUAAGGAAGUGCGAAAGUGUAAAGGAAUAAAGAAAAAUGUAGUAAAAAAAGGAUUAAAAUUUGAUGACUAUGUUAAAUGUUUAUUUUCAGGUGAGAAAGAAAUGAGAAAGAUGAAAAUAAUAAGAAGUGAGAAACAUGAAAUAUAUUCAAAGGAAGUAAAUAAAAUAGCUCUAAGCAAUGAAGAUGAUAAGAGAAAGAUUUUUAAAGAUAAUAUUCAUACUUUGGCUCUUAGAUAA